GUCAGAGCUGUGAGGAGCUUGUUGUGGUGCUGCACCAAAACAGUUUCUUUACAGUGAAUUUAAAGUGCUUUUUCAAGUGUAAUGGAUGCUAGAGGCCUUUGGCUGAUGUGUUGCCUUCUCCUGCUGCUGGCAUACUGUACACUCCAGCAGAGCUCCUCGAGGAAAAGGAAUGGCAAGAAAGAUUCCGUGAACAACACCGCAAUUGAGGAGUUGAAGAAACAGAUAAAUAACAUUGUUCAAGACCUGAAUUUGUUGAAAGAGCAGCAAGCUUUACAGUCAGUUUGCCUGCGAGGCACAAAGAUCCUUGGCAAGUGUUUCCUGGCUAACCCAGUGAAGAAGACCUUCCACGCAGCCAGCGAUGACUGCAUCGCCAAAGGAGGCAGCCUGAGCACCCCUCUGACAGGAGAUGAGAAUGACCAGCUCUACAGCUAUGUUCGACAGAGUAUUGGCCCCGAGGAGCACAUCUGGUUGGGCAUCAAUGACAUGGUGACCGAUGGCCACUGGGUGGACCAGUCAGGGUCCAGUGUGCGCUUCAAGAAUUGGGAAACAGAGAUCACCCUGCAGCCAGACGGAGGGCGCAGCCAGAACUGUGCCAUCCUCUCUGCUACAGCCAACGGGAAAUGGUUUGAUGAGAGCUGCCGAGCUGAAAAGGCCUCAGUGUGUGAGUUCAAUAUCAUCUGAGGGCUGCUCCCUGACAACACUCUGUGCAGAUAAACACUCAUAUGAACAGCUUGCACAAAAGAGUGGAACAUUUAUCAGGUACAUGUAUGCAAUAUACUGAAAAUAACAUGCUGCAUCUUUCUUCUCUCAUAUUUCUCUGCUGAGUAACAGUAAUCAGCAGCUUUUCUGUGACACUUUUAUUUCCAUUUCUGAAUGUCAUAUUAUGCUGCUCAUAUUGCAUUAUCUUAAUAAACAUGUGU